GAGAAACUUCGAGUGGCAACCAAGCUAAAGGGGAUUUUCUGCGGGGUCACCAAUGAAGAAUCAUGGGUUUAAUCUUAAAGAUACUUAUUUACUUGUAUCUAAGUGCAGGUGUGUGGAGUAUCCAGAACCAGUGGCUGCCCUGUCAAUUCACUGACGAACAUGUGUUUACUAAUAAUGAGGGGCACACUGAGACUCGACUCAUCCACAGAGAGGCUAUGCUGCAAUUUGGUCAGAAAGGAGAUGCUCCUGUUAACCCAAACGCCAUCACUUUCUUAAUCACUGGAUCAAAGUUGGACCUGAGGCGGUAUCUGGAGGGGGUGGAGGAAGAGCAGCUGGAGUGUGAGCUACGCAGAUACAGCACAGAGGGCAUUUAUGUCCGCUGGCCUGUCAUGGGCGCCCAAGAGUACAACCGCUGGUUCCUCUGUACCCUCAGACACAGCAGGGGCCUCUUUACAGUCACUGGUUUCCUCAGGCACCCCUCUGACCAGCCUCCCCCAGGAGAGCAGGACUACCGCAAAUGGCCCCCCAUCCCUGACAGAGAGGUUCUCACCACCACAGUCGCCAUGGCCAUCAAAACAAAGACUCCUUCAGUGAAAGCAGGCCUGAUGUCCCAGCAAAAGCUCCACUGCCAGUUUGACGUUGACCACAAGGGCGCCAACAUCACUGUGGAGUGGCACUGGCAGCACCGGGGAGAGAGGAAUAAACUCUUCAGCUACACCAGCCGCACCGGGCACACCCAGGGGAGCGGCGUUGGGCUGAAGGCUCUGGCGAAUGGCGAUGCCACCUACACCCUCCCCCUGUCUAAGAUGAGCAGUGAAGGGACCUACAUUUGUUCAGUGUCAGUGAAUCCACUGUUUGGCAGUGUGGACAUAAAUCUGCACAUCGAAGAGCCUCCUCGUGUCUCCCUCAAUGUGGGACCCACCUUCUCACUGCUGGAGGGCCAGGAGCAGAAAGUUGUGUGUGAGGCAAACAGCUAUUACCCCCUGGAUGUGGAGAUAGUUUGGUACGAGCAGGACCCGGCAGCGUCAGGCCAGAGGGUCGGUGCUCCUCUGCCCAAGGUGCUGGAUAACAUCCUGCUGUCCAGCCACAAACAUAACCAGGACAGGACCUACUCGCUGUCAGCUUUCUUCUACCUCAAGGCUUCGCUCAGGCAGUCUGGCAAACAGUUUACUUGCAGUGUCUCUCAUCACUCCCUGAAAGUGCCCAUCAAAAAGAGCUUCAUUCUGAAUGUGGAAGAGCCAGGGAGCUGGAUGUUUAACAUUGCUCUUGGUUUGAUUGUGAUCGUACUGUUGGUCAUCCUGUUUGUAAUGCUGCGCUACCUGCACUCAGCAAGGAAAAGGGCAGUGGAGAAGAAGCCAUACUGAGCAGCGCUGAUGGCCUGAGCAGAGCAUCACACCCAUCAGUGAGAACAGCCCCACCCCCAAUCUUUUUUUUUAUUUUAGAAAUGCUGAAAUGCUUGACUUUAGUUUUUAGGUGUAUUUGGGUUUCUGUGAAACUGAUUGUUUUUGUGUUGCACUGAUUUAAGUUUAAUUUCAUGGACUCUGAAAGUCUGAUUGUUUUGAAGUAAAAUAUGGUUUCUUUGGCCAAGAGUAAACCAUGUCCAUACAACCUAAGUCUGCCCUAAUAGACAUGCCUGCUGUGCAUUUCCUCCUAUUUGUUAUUAACUGGGUUUGCUUGGCUAUCAGUGUGUUCUUGUGUUUAUUAGAAUCCUGAGAGAGUCCUAUUCAUUUUCCUGUUUUCUUCUUACUAUAAUAUUAAUCUAAAUGCCUUUUCUUUUACCCCAGGAACAACAAAUUAGCAGGACAGCACUGCUGCUAGGCAAUGGCUAUAUUCACAUGUUUAUUCAUGUGAAUCAUCAUCCACUAAGAGACACCUUAAGCCUAUUAUUAUCAGGCUUAAGGUUGGUUGGCGCAACCCACAGACUGUAUGUAAAAGAUGGAUGUAGCCACAGUGAUCUCACCCAGUAGUUUCUGGAUUCCCCACUUUGAAGGUUAAGCCUUGGAAUUUUGGACGAUACCAGGCUGUCUUUUAGGAGCAGUAAGAGACAAUAUUUGAUGAAGGGGGUGGAAUGUAAAUAUUAGCUAGCUAACUUGGUUAGCAAGCAACAUUCAUUAAAUUAAGUAUCUGCUAAAUGGGGGCUUCACUUCUGGCGAGUGAAAUUCCAGUAUUUUUACGAACUUUUUGAACAUGCCAAACUACACAGCAGGUUAUAUUAUUGUCGGACAAUUACAUUACAAAUAUAACAUCCCUAACUUAAAACUUACUUGUGUCCAAAUAGAUGAGUUAUAGAAAAAUAUCACAUAUUACAUGACAUUAAGAGAAGGAAAGGUCGAAACUAUCCAUUGAGGAGACUUUCCUAUACCAGUCUGUAAACAUGCUUUUUAACAUGGAAAUCUAUGGGGAUUGAUUUGCUUUUUUUAGGGAACCUUAAUUGGCCAAUAGUGGAACUACAGCUUUUUUCUUUUUUUUUUUUUUUACUCUUGAAGGACUGUUGCUUGGUCUGAACUGCUUUUUAGAGACUGGUCUUAACGAAACCCAUUUUAUUAAUUGGGAUCAGGGGUGGUAAAGAACAGCUGGAGCAACCACUCAAUGUUCAUAAUGCAGCAAUCAUAUUUUAAAAGGUGCAUUGUGGUGUUUUAGACCACUUAAAGUGCUGCAGAGAACACGUUCAUGAUCUUCAGGUGUUUUUUUGUUUUUUUUUUCCAAACAAACAAUCAAAUCCAUGCUCCGAUAAAGAAAUGAAAAUGUUUUGUUAGAUUUUGUGGAAUUACAGAAUAGCUUUGAUUAAAAACACUGAAGAUAACUGGAGUGUUUGUUAUUUACAAGAAAAGUAUACCAGGCACUUGGAAUCAAAUACUGUGUAUCUGUAGCGAUUCU